AUGAUGAAUGGUCUCCUCGCUCUUCCGCAGUGGAGGUCCUACUUCGGCCAACCGUCGGCAACCAUAUUGGGGACGAUGAACGCCAUGUACCCGGUCGGGAAGAUGAUCGGUCUGCUCCUGGUCACUUUCCUCAGCGACCGCUUUGGGAGAAGAUUUCCUCUUCGAAUUGGCCUUCCGCUCCUGUUGUUCGCAGCGGCUCUGCAAGGCUCGGCACAGAACGUUGGCUGGUUCAUUGCCUCUCGCUUUCUGGUCGGCUUUGGCACCUCCUUCAUAGCUCAGCCUUCCCCGAUUCUCAUCACCGAAUUGGCGUAUCCGCUUUAUCGUGGCAGGAUCACAGGCGUCUAUUACAGCAGCAAUUACCUUGGUACCCUGAUUGCCGCCUGGGUGACCUACGGCACAUUCAGGAUGAAUUCGAACUGGUCCUGGAGGAUACCGUCCAUUCUCCAAGCCACCAUUCCGUUGAUCCAGCUGGUGGGAAUUUGGUGGAUCCCCGAAUCACCAAGGUGGCUGAUCGCCAAAGGGAAGCACGAACAAGCGCGGAAGAUCCUAGAGAAGCACCAUGCCGGUGGCGACCAAACCUCGGCGCUGGUUGACUUCGAGAUGAGGGAGAUUGAAGCCAGCAUCCGGCUCGAGGCGCAAACACUCUCCGAGACAUCUUAUCUCGAUCUGAUUCGCACUCUGCCCAACCUCCGCCGGACCUUCAUCUCGAUGGUGGUCGGCGUGUACGCGUACUGGGCGGGCGUGGGGGUUAUCACGUACUACCUGACGCUGGUGCUCAACACGAUCGGCAUCACGGCGGUGUCGACGCAGACGCUGCUGAACGCGCUCAUUGCCGUCAUGAAUUUCUUCACGGCGGUGGGGUCGGGUCUGCUCGUCGACCGCGCCGGCCGUCGGUUCCUGUUUAUGCUGUCCGUCAGCGGCAUGCUCAUCGCCUUCACCACGUGGACCAUCCUGUCCGCACGCUUCUCGCUGUCACAGGACAAGGGACUGGGCAAGGCCGUGCUCGGCUUCAUCUUCAUCUUCUCCUUCUUCUUCCAGAUCGCCUUCUCGCCCCUCCUGAUCGCCUACCCGAUAGAGAUCUGGCCCUUCACCCUGCGCGCCCGCGGCCUCACCGUCUCGCUCUUCUCCACCUACUCGGGUCUGCUGAUCGGCCUGUUUGUCACCCCGAUCGGCCUGCGCAACAUCGGCUGGAAGUACUACAUCGUCUUCUGUGUCUUGUUGGCCCUCUUGUGGCUCAUCGUCUACUUUGUCUUCCCCGAGACGAGGGGCCGCACCUUGGAGGAAAUCAACAAUGUCUUUGAAACCCCCGUGCAGGACCACGAUCUAGAACUGAAACACGUUCCAACCGUCCAGCAGUUAGACCGUGUCGAGUCCAAGACGACUUAA